AUGGCGCAGUCUCGCUCAGCACGUCUUGAAAAGUUCUUUACCCUCGUUCUUCGAGGGAAGCAACAAGUGGAAACUGUGGAGAAGGCGAAACUGCUUAUAGAAGCCAUUCUGAUUCAGAACGAUCACGCAAAAUGUGUUGAGCGCAUCAUCGCCAGCCCAGAAGCUCGCAGUGCGCUCCAAACAGGACUCCGUUUUGAUAUCACCCCGACCUUCCUCAACCAGCAUACAGCCGUACUCAUCCAAUACCUGGCGGACCCAGCCGUCAAGCCGUUGUGCAAUGGCCAAUUCUUGCAGGACUUGUUGACCCUGCUUGUGGAGCCACCGACCUUGUGGAAUGCAUUAUUGCAGGCGUAUCUUGAUCAGCAGCUGGAUGCCAGAGCCACCCAUGCUUUCGCAUGGUUGCUGGCUGAGAUUCUUCUGCUCCCACCUUCGAGCAAAAUCAAUGUAACAGAGGAUGCGAGGAGGAUUGACAGUGUUGGGUCCCUCUUGCAAUCUCCAGACUUGAAUGUCCGGACCCUGGGAUACAAAAUCAGACAUGUCCUACAGGUCACGUCCGCCAACUUGGGACCUGUAGAUUCUAACGGCAGCAACCCCGGCGGACGGCACGAUAACGACUUUGACGACUUUCGAAAGAUCGCAAUCUAUCCCACCUCCGACGAAUUCUUGUCUACGGUCAAGCCAUUCUAUCGUUGUGCAUCAGAAAUCACUGACUUGCCUGCUGAAAGCCGCAUUUCAGCCCACCUAGAUAACCAGUUUCGUCUCCUGCGUGAGGAUAUGCUCUCUGAAAUUCGUGAGGAGUUCCAGACUGCUCGAGGUAAGAAGACACGCCGUAGAGGUGGUACCUUGCUCCAGAAGCUAUCCCUUGUCCGAAUCCUCCAUGGAGAAGACGAUCGUCGCCUCCGUCCUUGUACGCUGGCCAUUACCUGUAGAUCCGGGUUGGAGGCCAUAGUUCAACAUUCGGGCCAGGACCGUAAAAAGUUUCUCGACGACCAACAGAACCAUCUUCGCCAUAGGUCAUUUGGCUGCCUGCUUCGCAACGGGGAAAUCAUUGCAUUUGCUACUCUUGAGCGAAAUGUUAGUGAACUUUUGAAAGACCCCCCGGUGAUUGUACUCCAGAUUAUUGGGGAAGACGCUUUGACAAAGACUUUGCUCUCUUUCAAACUGUACGGUGACAUUCAAUUUCUUCUGGUUGAUGCACCAUUAUUUGCCUACGAACCUAUCCUGCGGCGUCUUCAGGAUAAAACGAGCCUCCCCUUGUCGGAGGAUUUGCUCCUUCAUCGGCAGGGACAGCCGGCGAGCCAGUCAGACCUCGUUCCUCAUCACGUUGUGGAGAGUCUCCGCAAGCUUGAGGGCAAUCUCGAUGUACAAAAGAUCAUUCAAACGGAGAAGCAUGUCCAACUAGACCGGUCACAGCUGGACUCCCUAAUAGCUGGCUUGACUCAGAGGGUGAGUUUGAUUCAAGGCCCACCAGGGACUGGUAAAUCCUUCAUUGGUGCUCUUUUAGCCAAGGUGUUCCAUGAUCAGACCAAGGAGAUGUUGCUGGUUUUGUGCUAUACCAACCAUGCAUUGGAUCAGUUCUUGGAAGAUCUACUAGACAUUGGCAUUCCUUCUUCAGAUAUUGUGCGCUUGGGCUCCAAAUCCACCUCUCGAACAUCUUCAAUGACUCUCCGGAAUCAAAGAGUGGCCUACCGUCACUCGAGGUCCACUUGGGGCGUGAUUGACAACUUGAACCGCGAGGCCGACGACCUCAAACAGUGCAUCUCGGCAGCGUUUGCAACAUAUCAUUCUCUCACGAACACAACAACCAUUCUUGAGCACUUGGAGUUUGAGGACCCGGAAUUCUUUGAAGCCUUUCAGCCACCCUUACAGGAAGAAGGAAUGACUCUAGUUGGCAGGAAUAACAGAUCGGUUGACUCUUCAUAUCUCCUUGAUUUAUGGGCAAGGGGGAAUGACCAUGGCCUCCAGAACCUUGAGCACCUGUCAGAGAAAGCUCGGAAAGUGUGGGACAUGAGUUCUUCGGAGCGACAAUCGAGCCUUCGGGCGUGGGAGGAAGUUUUAGUCAGAGAACAGGUUGGGGACUUGCAGCAGUUGAUGCAGCGUCUGGAUACAUGCCAACAAAAGCUGGAUCAAGCCUGGAACGAGAAAACACGUAGCAUUUUUCAAUCGAAACGUAUCAUUGGCUGCACCACAACUGCAGCCGCAAUGUAUGCUUCAGACAUCGCGAUGGUCUCACCUGGCAUCGUGCUUCUCGAGGAAGCAGGCGAGAUUCUGGAGUCACAUGUACUCACAGCAAUGGGCCCCCAGACCAAGCAACUCGUCUUGAUCGGCGAUCAUCAGCAGCUCCGACCCAAGAUCAACAUGUACGCCUUGUCGGUUGAGAUAGGGGAAGGAUAUGACCUCAAUAGAUCUCUGUUUGAGCGUCUCGUUGUGUCAGGUUACCCGCACACCACCCUUGCCAAACAGCAUCGCAUGUGUCCUGAGAUAUCGAGACUGGUCAAACAUCUCACGUACCCGGAUCUGCAAGACGAUACAAAGACCUUGAACCGUCCUCACCCGCGCGGUCUCCAGGACCGGGUGGUUUUCAUCAACCAUAACCAGCCAGAGACAAUUUUUCAGGGCAUCUCGGACCGCCGUGACGAGACCAACAAGGGUAGUAAGCAGAACUUAUUCGAGGCAAAGAUGGUUCUGAAGAUUGUCCGGUACCUGGGUCAGCAGGGAUACGGAACGGAUAAGUUGGUCGUUCUUACACCAUAUCUCGGUCAACUACACCUUUUGCGAAAGCUGCUCCUCAAGGAGGCAGAUCCGGUUCUCAAUGACCUUGAUUCUUAUGACCUGGUGAGAGCAGGCCUGUUGUCCAAAGCAAGCGCUCAGCAUACCAAGCGGCCAAUACGUCUAUCGACUAUAGACAAUUACCAGGGUGAAGAGAGCGAGAUUGUGAUUGCCACACUCACGCGCAGCAACGACAACGGCGACAUAGGGUUCAUGGCAGCUCCCCAACGUCUGAAUGUGCUGUUGUCGCGUGCGCGCAACGUCUUGAUUCUGAUUGGAAACGCAACCACAUUUGUCAAAAGCCGCAAAGGAAGAGAUGUGUGGACCCCGUUUAUCGACCAUCUGAACGCAAAUAAACAUUUGUAUGACGGGUUGCCCGUGCGGUGCGAGCAACAUCCCCAGCAUACGGCCAGCCCCUGCACGCCGGAGGACUUCGACAGCCUGUGCCCGGAAGGUGGAUGCCAAUUGCCAUGUGGCGCUAAACUCAGCUGCGGAAUCCACGAAUGCCCUCAAAAGUGCCACCAACUGUCCGACCAUUCCAAGAUGAAAUGCCAUAAAAUAAUCAAGUGGCAAUGUUCGCGCAGCCAUUGCGUGACUCGACCCUGCUGGCAGAUCCAGAAAGUCUGUCAGCUCUGCAUUGAUGAAGACCGAGAGAAAGAAAGACGGCAAAAAAGAGACAUGGAGCUUGAGGCUGAAAGAGCCAGACGGCAGAGAGAACAUAAGCUCCAGCUGUCUGAGAUGCAAGCCGAGAUUAGCCACCUCAGAAGCCUGCAGAAAGAUAAAUAUGACGAAGACGAACGGCGAAAGGUCCUGCAGCAGCAUCGGCGGGACCUUGAGAACUUGCGUGCCAACCCAAUAAAAACACCGCUAGAAUCCAGGAAAUACGAUCAGGAUCCGUCUCAGGAGCCAGUCACACAAGCUGUCACGGCGAAAAAGCGGGAAGUUGUUAGUAUAUCUAGUAAACAGAGUCGGGAGGCGGACUCACAGAACCAAAAAGCCGACGGGGAUUGGUCAUCUGCGAGUAACGAUUGGGAAUAUCAAAAGAAGUAUGAGGGAGCACGGAGUGACGAGAUAGACUCCUUGAUGAGCAUGAUUGGGCUGGAAGAUGUGAAGCAAAAUAUUCUCGGCAUCAAAGCAAAAGUCGACACAGCCACAAGGCAGAACAUCGAUUUGAAAGACGAGCGCUUCGGAACUGUCUUGAUAGGUAAUCCGGGCACAGGAAAAACUACCGUCGCGCGUCUGUAUGCAAAAUUCUUGUCCGCGGUCGGUGUCAUUCCAGGAGAUUUGUUUGUUGAAACAACUGGAUCGCGGUUAGCCAACAAGGGCGUCUCCGGAUGCGAGAAGCAGAUCAACGACAUCCUCAACAGCGGCGGCGGUGUCUUAUUUAUAGACGAAGCAUACCAACUAGUCCAAAGCCACGGCCAAGGACUGCAGGUUCUCGAUUACCUUCUGGCUGAAGUGGAACGGCUUACUGGAAAGAUGGUGGUUAUCCUUGCAGGAUAUCGCAGAAAUAUGGAACAGUUCUUUGCACAGAACCCCGGCCUACCAAGUCGAUUUCCCCAUGAGCUCAAGUUCAACGACUACGAGGAUGCUGAGCUGUGCCGCAUUCUGGAAUACAGGAUCGCGAAGAAGUACAACGGAAGAAUGAAGGUCGAGGGUGGAAUAGGUGGACUCUACUGUCGAAUCGUUGCUCGACGUGUGGGCCAUGGACGUGGACAUGAAGGUUUUGGAAAUGCACGAGCAAUUGAGAACGCCUUUUCUCGGAUUAUAGAGCGCCAGGCAAAGAGGCUUGCCGUUGAGAGGAGAAGCCAGGGCUCUGCGGAUGACAUGUUGUUCACUCGGGAAGACCUCAUUGGGCCUGAGCCCUCGAAGGCUUUACAGAAUAGUGCUGCAUGGCAGAAGCUACAAACCAUGAUUGGACUCAAUGCCGUCAAGCAAACAGUCCAAGCCCUCAUGGACAGCAUCCAGUACAACUACCAGCGGGAGUUGGAGGAAAAACCGUUGGUUGAGUUCACCUUAAACCGUGUGUUCUUGGGCUCGCCAGGCACGGGCAAGACAACCGUCGCAAAGCUGUACGGGCAGAUACUGGUGGAUAUUGGGUAUCUAUCGAAUGGCGAAGUUGUUGUCAAGAACCCUGCAGAUUUUGUCGGCGGUGCACUAGGACAAUCCGAGCAGAAUACCAAGGGCAUUUUGGCGUCUACCGUGGGCAAGGUCCUCGUCAUUGACGAGGCCUAUGGGCUGUACGGUGGCGGAGGCCGCAAUACUGGGGCGUCCCAAACGGACCCAUACAAGACUGCGGUAGUCGACACUAUUGUGGCAGAAGUCCAAAGUGUGCCUGGUGAUGACCGCUGCGUUCUGCUGCUAGGCUAUCAGGAGCAAAUGACAGAGAUGUUUCAGAAUGUCAACCCAGGGCUAGCACGACGAUUCCCCAUGGAUAGUGCUUUUAUUUUUGAAGAUUUCACUGACGAAGAGCUGGGACGGAUACUUGACCUCAAGCUGAAACAACAAGGCUUUGAGUCAACGGGCCGCGGAAAAAAGGCUGCGCUGGAGGUCCUAUCCCGUGCACGCAAUCGUCCUCACUUUGGCAAUGCGGGCGAGAUUGACAUCCUAUUAAAUGCUGCUAAGACUCGGCAUCAGCAACGACUAUCUUCCUCGGGUAGAUCGUCGACCAAUUCCCAGCUGGAGCCGCAGGACUUUGACCCGGACUAUGACCGCGGUGAGCGGGCAGAGACCAACAUUUCUCUGCUGUUCGCGGGUACCGUAGGCAGCGAGAAGAUCGUCGAACAACUGGAGGGAUAUCGGCAGACAGUCCGGAAUAUGCGGCAGCUAGACAUGGAUCCUUCUGACCAAAUCCCGUUCAAUUUCUUGUUCAAAGGGCCACCAGGAACUGGAAAGACCACAACAGCCCGCAAGAUCGGCAAGGUGUAUUAUGACAUGGGCCUCCUGUCCUCUGCGGACGUCAUUGAAGGAUCCGCUACUGACCUUGUAGGACAAUAUGUCGGCCAGACAGGCCCAAAGACGCAGAGCCUGCUGGAGAAGGCGCUUGGGAAGGUCCUCCUGAUCGACGAGGCGUACAGACUGGGCGAAGGACCCUUUGCCAAAGAGGCGAUGGAUGAGAUCGUGGACUGUAUCACCAAGCCCAAGUUUUACCAGAAACUGAUCAUCAUACUGGCCGGCUACGACACCGACAUCAACGUUCUCAUGGCGACGAACCCGGGAUUAACAAGCCGUUUUCCCGAGUCGAUCGAGUUCCACCCAUUAAGCGGCGAGCAUUGCCUGAGGCUCUUAACGCAGCUUCUGCAAGGCAGAAAGGCCAAGGCACAGUCCAAAUCAACCAGCUUCGACCUCAGCGUACUCGAAGCCCCGCGUGCGGCGUUCAAGGACGAGCUGACGUGCCGUUUCUCAUCGCUCGUCCAGACCUCCAACUGGGCCAACGCUCGGGACGUACAGACAUUAGCCAAGGCGAUCUUCGGACGAUGCGUGCGAUCCAUCACAGGCGGCCGUCUUGCUCUCGAGGAGGCCACUGUCCUCGCGGAGCUGGACAAGAUGAUAUCCGAGAGAUCAGGGCGGGAGCAAGCGCAGCACAGCCCCGACAAAACCCUGUGUCUCAGCACCAGCAAUCACAACCAACAACUCGCAUUCCAUCCCCAAUCCGCGACUCCGCACAGCACAAAGUCCGCUGUCGUUACGGAACAAGCCCCAGAAACCCCGGACGAGCAGCCAGACACCCCCGCCGAAGUCCCACCCCAGGACGAAGCGGUCAUCGCGCGGGACGCCGGCGUCUCCGAUGCAGUCUGGACGCAGCUGCAGAUAGACCUGCAAGCUGCCGAGGCCAGAGAGAAGGAGUACCAGAACGUUGCGGAACAAGAACAGAUGCUGCACAAGACCCUCGAAGAGUCCCAACGGCAGGAUAAACAGACCCAACAAGACGAACCCACCGACACAGAGACUGACACGGAGGCAAAGCGCCGGCACGAGCAAGCGCGCAUCCAGCGCGAACUCCAGCGGCGCGCGCAAGAAGCCGAGCUUGCGCGACUACGGGCCGAGCGCGAGGCGGCGGAGAAGCAACGACGACAGGAGCAAAAGGCGCAGAAGAAGUUGCGUGAGAUGGGGGUGUGUUGUAUGGGAUAUCGGUGGAUCAAGCAGGGGGCAGGGUAUCGCUGUGCGGCAGGGGGGCAUUUUGUUUCCAAUCAUCAACUGGGGAUUUAG